CGGGGAGCGCCGGCGGGGAAGAGCUGCGGCCAUCUCAGCCCCGCCCGACCUGGCCCGGCCCGGCCCGGCCCAGCGUAGCCCGCGAGCUCGGGAGCUGCUGCCACUGAGCUUCGGGGGAGGGAGGCAGGUACUGUUCCCCGCGGGACGGCCUUCUGUCCGGCGUCGGUGCGACAGUGGGUGAGGGCUGUGAAUCCCCUGUCCGGCCUCCAGGGAGCUCCUGUUCGGAGCUGGAAAGUUGCAGAAGGCGGCGAGCGCAGGAUGCGGCGCGGAGCGGCGGAGCGAACCUGAUUUCUUAGCUGUUUUCCCAAAUUAACAUGAGAGACUCGCUGGAUCUGGGAAUAUCCACUACCUGCCCAGAGGAGAACUUGGAGGAUUGUGGCUUGAUCUCCCUCUUGUGGAAAAUUACUGGAACUAAAUUCUCGUGACAUUAAAGAAGAAACAUCCAACAGCAGCUAAGAGACUAUGUCAACAGUUACUGUGAUACCUGCUGCUGUUGUUGGUACUGAAGGAAAUGAGGAAAUGGACUCUCUUAUUGUACUGCAUUAUAAUUACACAGGAAAGCUUAUUCUGAGGGAGAAGGCAACUGAUAACAUAGACUUUACCACUGUUGCAUUUCUGAUCCUAUGUAGUUUCAUAGUCCUGGAAAAUCUGAUGGUGUUGAUUGCCAUUUGGAAAAACAAUAAAUUUCACAACCGCAUGUACUUUUUCAUUGGCAAUCUAGCUCUCUGUGAUCUUUUAGCUGGGAUUGUUUACAAAGUAAACAUUCUUAUGUCUGGGAAGAAAACUCUGAGCUUGUCCUCCACAAUUUGGUUUAUUAGGGAAGGCAGUAUGUUCGUUGCGUUAGGAGCCUCCACCUUCAGCUUAUUAGCAAUAGCUAUUGAACGACACUUGACAAUGAUUAAGAUGAGGCCUUAUGAUGCAAAUAAAAAAUAUAGAGUGUUCCUUCUCAUUGGAACCUGCUGGCUUAUUUCAAUCUCCUUGGGAGCCUUGCCCAUCCUUGGCUGGAACUGUAUAAACAACUUGCCAGAUUGCUCAACAAUUUUGCCUCUUUACUCCAAGAAGUAUGUUGUAUUCUGCAUCAGUAUUUUCAUAGCCAUUCUGGUAGCCAUUGUUAUCCUUUAUGCACGCAUCUACAUCCUGGUAAAGUCCAGCAGCCGUAAUGUCACUAACCACAACAACUCAGAGCGGUCCAUGGCACUCCUUAGGACUGUUGUGAUCGUUGUUAGUGUCUUCAUUGCCUGUUGGUCACCACUGUUCAUUCUGUUCCUUAUUGAUGUGGCCUGCCAAGUCAGGGAGUGCUCUGUCCUAUUCAAAGCCAACUGGUUUAUAGCUCUGGCUGUCAUCAAUUCUGCAAUGAAUCCUAUUAUCUAUACUUUGGCUAGUAAGGAAAUGCGUCGAGCUUUCUUUCGCCUUGUUUGUGGCUGCCUAGUGAGAUCCAGGGCAGCUAGAUCUUUGCCUAUUCAGCCCACACCAGAUCACAGCCGAAGUAAAUCCAGCAGCAGCAACACCCAGAAGCCAAAGGAUGAUUUCCCACAGAUGAGCAUUCCCUCACGUGUCAUUGGGAAACAUGAAUCUUCAUUUUACAAUGGAAGCUUCUGUAAGUAAAAUACUCCUCAAGACAAGGACCUUUCUGUGGUUUAGAAUUAAACUACAAGUGUAGUUUAACUACUUGUGCACUUAAAUUUUAGGGGGAAACACUAAACAAUUAUUUAACUUUAAGGACUUCAUCAUCAACAGUCAUUUGCUUUGCGUGUCUUUCAGUAAGGCAUCUGAUCCAGAAAAAACUUUUCACGCUACUCAACAGCCAGUUCAGAGACCAUGCACAUCUACUGACACUGUGACCAUGAUGGCAUUACAUUGUGAAACUGUAUUGAACACCACUUGAUCCUUCAGGGCAUCAGUAAAACCUGUUACAUUCACUAAAUGUUCACAAAAUAAAUAAAACUUUAUCAUUCACUAAACGCUGCUGAUAAUUAAACAAUGAGCCUGAUUUUGGCUGACUCAGAGAAAAGCUCAUUCCAUAUAUUGGGGAUUAUAAUUCUGUCUAUGUAUCUUGCUGUUAUGUUAAUGGCCUUACUUGUAUCUGGUAUAAAUAGCUGUAUAUUUGUACAAUACCUUAUUAAAAAGUCAUUGACUGGUAGAGUUAACUGUAUUUUAAACAUUAUAUUGUAGUAUAGAGUAUAAGAUGACAAAUUCUAGUAAUUGGUAGAUGUGUUCCAAAGGGGAUUUUUAAAAUACAUGAAGUAGUAGCUUUAAACUAACAAACUUUGAUGCCAUAUCAAUGCAUUAUUUUUGUUUCCACUGUUGCUCAAACUUUUCAUGUUUAAUGAAAGACAACAUGACAGUUGUCACUGACAUUUCACAAUUUAUUUUAAGCAUGCAGUAGUAAAUAACUAUUGUGAGAGGUUAUAUAUGUUUGCUAUUUAAAGCAGUUAAAAUGUGACCCAACCAUACAUAAAUCAAGGGUGUGUACUAUUUCAAUGCAUAUAUUUUUACUUACUAUUUUUAGUGUAUUUAAAAAUGCAUGCAAAACCUAUGUAAACCUGUGUACCUUGUGAAUGCACUACCUAAGCUGAGAUUCUUUAGUUUCUGAAGCAGAGAUGUAUCAUUUCAGAGAGCAGUGAACCACAGCCUGGUUCUUGUGGAGUUCUUUGUUCUCCCUCUGGGCACUAUCAUAGCAUGGGAUUGUGAAAUAAAUUCUUCUUGGGAAGAGGCCCCACCAGUAGGAUGAGAUCCCAUUUUCUGGCAGUGGACAUAAUGCUUCUAUCGUCUCUGAGCACUUUUGUAGAUACAGGAGGGAAGAUGUAGUACAACAGAGUCAUGCUGAACAGCAUCUCUCAGUUUAUACCAGACUCUGCCUUGGAUCUGGAAUGAAAGCCCAUUCACUUUGGAAGACCUUCCAACUUUUGAGGACCCUCACAAACAUCCUUUUGAGGGGCUGGUCCAGAAAACCUCUAUGAAAACACCUUUGUAGUUUAUCACUGCCUUACCAGCCUCAGUAUAGGAUGCUGUUUGGCAUCACUAAAACCUAAGACCUAGAGUAGAUAGGACUUCAUAAGCAGAAGUCUUAUAUAUAAGGACUAUAUAAGGACUUCAUAAUCAUAAGUUUAUAUUCCCAGAGAGGUGGCCUGUGGUACUUCCAUCCAGUUACUUUACAUCUAGAGGCUUUGGUGUAGGCUUUCCCUUCAGUGGAAGGGAAAUACUCAGAUUACUUCUCAGUGAAAACAUCUAACUUUCUUGGACUCUUUUGAAGAUUCCUGUUUAAUGCCUCAAACCACACUUCACCUUAAGUACUAUCAGAAGAGGUUGAGGCUUUUUUAAUUAAUAACUUGUAGGAGCUCAUCCUUAGCUUGAGUCUGAUCUUAAUCAUUAUCAACAGCAUUAAGACUUUCCAAGCAUGUACAGUGCAGAAGUGAUGUAAUGCCUUUAAAAUGUGGAGGUUUGCAUUGUGAUUAUCUUUACAAGUUAGCAGUGUACUUGUAAAUGUUUUCUUCCUUUUAAUGAAGUGUACGAACAAAGAGCAUAGACUGCAUUUGAACAAACUGUGAAAGAGAGUAGUAAGUAUGAAUACCUUCUACCAAAAAUGGUAUAACACAGGGCAUAUAGAGAGAAAGAACCAGAUAAACAAAGCGUACCAUGAACAGGAGCAUAAACUGCAGAUAUGGACGAGGUCAGCAACUCUGUAGGUUUUUUUACAAAUAAAACUGACAAUAUUGUAUUGUUGUGGCUUAAGUUCUUAGAUGCUACAGUGCUAUUUGUAUGUAUUUUCAGUCUUGAAGAUCUGCCUUGAAGUUACCUGUUUGGAAACUGCCUGCUAAAAUGUUAAUGUGCUCUAAAGUGCUAGCUUAUGAAGUGGUGGCAUGUGGCAGCAUUACUUGCUUUUUGUAAAUGAGAAAGUCUGAAAAGACAGGACAGCUGAUGAAGAAAACAUGGUGGCUGUUCCACAUCAACCUCACAUUGUGUUAUGAUGUUAUGUGAUAUUCCAUAUUUAAGUGAAAAAUAAAAAUUUCAGUAGCCAAAAUCUGGAAACAUGCCUGUAAGUAUGAGUUGUGACAUCUGGAUACUAGCCUUAGCUGCUGUUAGUUGAUGCAUGAUACAAGCAAUACAAGCAACUGUUGGGAGACAUCAUUAUAUGUCAAUAAUAAUUAAAAACAAAAACAAAAACAAAAAAACCCACAACUCUCACUCCACUUUCUCUCUUAUUUUGGGAGGUUUUUGUUUUUGUUUUUUAAGUUUUGGAUGUUUUUAAGGGUAGGAAGUUGGAAAGUGGGGAAGAUUUCAUUGCCCAGGCAUACUUGAAGCAGGUUCUUAAUACUCAUGCUUUUUCAUGGAACAGUGAUAAUAAAAUCUACAAAAUACUGGUAAAA